AUGGUCCACUUGUUUAUGGCUUACGUAACCUGGGUGGCAAAGGAUGUGAAAACUGAGAGAGUUGGCUUGGAGUUUGUCCGUCAGCUUGGUGUCAGUGCUGAAAGUAUUACAACUUCGUUUUUGGGACAACUGCUAAGCAUGGAAUCUCUGGUGGUGCCCAGUACGCCGACGGGCUUGCCUGGCAUAGAUCCGGGUCCAGUGCCAAAAAGAGCCAGGCUGAGUCAGUCCGAGCAAGAAACACCUGGUACAGUGGCAAUCCAGCCACCCACACUACCGCCUCCCGAGGCGGAAACCGAUCGCCGGAUGUAUAUACCCGACUUGGACCAAGCCAUCACCCAUCGCGAUGUGUUCAGUUUCUUCAGCAGUUUCGGGGAUUUGGAGAAGGUUUGCGUGAGGAGCGGCACGGAUAACUUGAACUACGCCAUGGUGCUGUUCUGUCGUACUUGCUCCAUGGAGCAGGCCAUCAAAUCGAAUCCACAUCUGAUCAAGGGACACCGAUUGAACUGUCGCAAGGCGAAAGAAAGACCUACAAAUAAGACCUCUGCUUCCCUAAAUAAGCCAAAGUCUGCGAGUACGCAGCCACUCAAAGCUGCUGUAAUGCAGGCCAAGAAAAAUCGAACUGGCCACCAAACAUCAGAGAGGAAUUCAAAGCCACCACUUCGCAGGUCCUUGCUUCUUCAAAAACUGGCGGAACCCAAAACUAUAAAGCCAGUUACCGCUGAAACUGAUAAAAACUAUGUGUAUGCAGUAACCGUGCAAGAUGCAGGCUGCCGCUGGAGUUUCAACUUGUCCAAAUCCAGUCCCAGUUUGGACGAGAUGCGGGCACUGGAAAAGGGUCUUUCCAGGGCGGCAAAGCUCCUGCUGAGCAUGCGGCAGAAACUGACUGCAGUGGCCUGCAAAUCCGCCAGGCCAGCGGAUCCAAAGUGGCCCAAAAAUCCUACGAGUAGUGCCGGUAGCAAAGUGGCUUUUAAAGUUCCUCCACCACCUCCACCACCUCCACCACCUCCACCACCUCCUGCACCUCCAGCUCCUCCAGCAGCUCCUGCCCCUGAUCCAGUGCUCCCAUCCUUGCCGCUCCUUCUGGCGAUUACUCCCCAAGCGCCUCUGCCCAAAUCGGUUAUUCCCGAAAUGGCCAAGCCAGAUCUGCGCUGCGCCGUACUGUCCAGUUUGGGUCAGAACUACGUCCAUCACUGCUACACAAAUGUGGAGGCUUAUCGAAGGACCAAGAGCUACGUCGACCUGCUGCCCUGCGAGAUGAUACAGCGACCCAGCAUUAGCAAGUAUUUGGAGCAGAUGCACGCAGGGAAAGAGUAG